UCACACUCUCUCUCUCUCUCUCCCUCUCUCUCUAGUCACCAACUCCCCAUGGAGCCACCAUCACCUCCACCCACAUUCCUCCUCUCUCUCCUCCUCCUCCUCCUCCUCUCCACCGCCGCCGCCGUCGCGGCGCCGGCCGCCAACUCCUCUGUCUCUCCACCACACACCAUUUCCCCCACCACCUCCCCCUCCCCCAGCCGCAACCACAACCUCUCCCCCACCACCUCCCCCUCCCCCACCCGCAACCACCACCUCUCCCCCACCACCUCUCCGACCACCAACACCACCGCCGCCCUCUCCCCCGCCGCCUCCCCCACCGCCUCCCCCACCCCAUCAACCCGCACCCCCUCCUCCUCCUCCUCCGCCCUCGACCCAAAACAACUCCAAGCCCUCCAAUCCCUCAACAUUCCCCUCCCCAAGGACCCCUGCUCCGCCCAGUCCGCGGCCACCGCCUGCGACGCCACCAAGCCCUUCCGCCACCUCACCUCACUCCGCCUCGCCAACUGCUCCCCGGACGAUGUCGCCCUCUCCUUCACUGCCCUCAAAUCCCUCUCCACUCUCCGGUCCCUCUCCUUCCUCAACUGCCCCGUCGCCCCCAUCCGCUUCCCCGCCGACCUUGCCGCCUCCCUCCGCUCCUUCUCCUGCGUCCACAGCCUCCGCCGCCUCACCGGCGUCUGGCUCUCCCGCCUCCAGAACCUCACAGACCUCACCGUUUCCGACGUCCCCGUCAACGCCUCCGGCCUUUACGUCAUCCUCGGCAACAUCAAGAACCUCAGGUCCUUCACCAUCUCUCGCGCCAAUGUCACCGGUUAUAUACCCAAGCACUGGCACCUCAACAUCAGCCACAUCGAUCUGUCAGGUAAUCAGCUCAAGGGACAGAUACCCACUUCGAUUACUUUCCUCGACAACCUGGAAUUGUUGAAUCUUUCUUCGAAUGCUCUCACCGGAGAGAUACCCUCCGAGAUUGGCAACUUGAUCUCGCUCAGGAACCUGUCUUUGGGGUCCAAUUCGAUCUCGGGGAGCGUCCCGGAGUCAAUGUCUGCAAUCCCGGGCCUUGUCCACGUUGAUCUGAGCUCGAAUCAGCUCAACGGGACGGUUCCCAAGUUCUUCACUGAGAUGAAAAAUCUCAAGUAUUUGAAUCUUGAGAAGAAUAGCUUCCAUGGGAUCAUGCCUUUCAAUGAGUCUUUUAUCAAGAAGCUAGUGGUCUUCAAGAUAGGGGAAAAUAGCAACCUGUGCUAUAACCAAACUGUUAUGUCGUCGAAAGUGAAGCUUGGGAUCGCACCUUGCGACAAGCACGGGCUCCCACUGUCACCUCCCCCGGCGAAGGGGGAUUCAUCCGCAGAUGAUAGCAGCACGUCAGACUACAAUGAUGGCGACAGCAGCGAUUCUUCUGGCAAGAGCGGUCACCACCACGGGCCAAAUAAGGUUGUUCUCGGUUUUGCAAUCGCGCUUUCUUCCAUUGUGUUCCUUAUUGUGUUCCUGGUUCUCCUAUCUAGAUGUUGUAAAUGAUACAUAUACGAGAACUCGCCUUUGCUAAACUAGGAAUUAUAGAAGUAGGGAAGAAAAUUUGCCAAGUUAGUGAUGAUUUAAUUGUUUGAUUCAUAUACAUGAGGGUGUUCAUGAAGAGGGUCAAUUGCAAGAGGGGGAUGGCACAAGAUUGGGGAGAGAAUUGCAAAGGGUGAUUUUUUAUUGAUUGUUUCCUAUGUUUGGUAUUGUGUGUUACAACUCAUAAGUUGGUAGUGUUGCUAGCGAGGGAUAUUAGCAUAUGCCAUGUGAAAAUGUUCUCACCAUUUGAGCUUGAAAGUUGAAAGAUUCAUUCACUUA